AUUACCUUUGAUUAACCGUUUCGGUGAUUUAGACAUAAGUACUAAAAACGAUUUUCUUUCCAGGUGCCUGCAAUGAAGAUAUCCCCAUCGUAGCUUCAAUCCACCAAAAUGUCAGACUCAACCCCAAUCUGCAGGUGUCGAGUGCUCUACCUCGGUAGCAGCGUACCACAGCAGACCAAGGACGGUCUCCAGGGCAUCCAGGAGCCCCUCCAGGAGCUGUAUCCUGAACAAGGAGCUACCACUGCCAAAGGGAUAGACUCUUGGCUCAGUGUGUGGUCAAACGGGAUACUCCUGGAGAACGUAGACGAAAAUAGGAAGGAGGUGACCCGGUUCUUUCCUAUUGAGAGUUUGCAUUAUUGUGCUGCAGUUAGAUAUGUUUUGGUACCUGAAAAGACGAGCAACCUGCAACACACCCCCACGGCACGGUUCUUACCCCUGGACUCCCCUUUUGCACGCACGCCAAAUCCAGCUCACCCCCCACUGUUUGCUGCCAUCUUGAGGCGUACCACUGGUAUUAAGGUUCUAGAGUGCCACGCAUUCAUUUGUAAGAGAGAAGUAGCAGCUAACGCCUUGGUUAGGUGUUGUUUUCACGCUUAUGCUGAUUCUUCGUAUGCCAGACAAGUUGACACGGCCGGUAGUAUAUAUGGAACUUUAGCUUCAGAAAGGCUGACUAGUAAAGAAAAGAUCGAUGAGUGGAAGAUGUCCCGUUCCCAAUCGGGAUCGACGUUAACCUUAAAUACAAUAACCAAGGACGAUGUAAGCAUCUACAAUGGUGAUGAGAAUCACAAAGUGUGGGCAGGAAGUCAGGACAACUUAGACGAAAGUGCGAAUGGAGGUGUGUAUGAUACAUAUGCUGCAAGUACAGUGUCCAGACCUUCUGCAAGACCCAGACAAGUCGCUGCACCCAUUGCGGUUCCACCACCUCCGCCAGCUCCACAACCAUCAGAUAAGGGAAAAAAGAAGAAGAAAGAGAAGAAUAAGAAGAGCUCUCAGUCUUUGAGUGGUUCCAGAGAAGAUAUCUACUAUUCAAUGACGAACGGUAAAGCAAGUAGCGUGGCGGGCUCUCUAGCUAGACCUCGAACUAUGCAACCUGGACCACUACCUCCUGGACCGCCACAACCUAUUUACAUUAUGGCACCCCAUCCAGGAACUCUACCUAACCCAAAGUUUUUCAAAACAUACGGCAACACAUUUUCCCAUCGUCCCCGAGGAAAAUUCCUGAUCCCCGCCCGUCCCGUCCCGCCGCCCAUGGUCCCAGUGGCUCCAGUCAUUUUACCCCCCACCACCCUCCAAAAAACAAAAAAGAGCAAAAAGCAUCAGCAGCCGGUGUCACCAGCAGCCCUCAUCACUGCUGAGGAACCAGUGUACAUGCCCAGCCACAGAGCUAUGAGCCCAAUUGCCAGCUACCAACCAGUCACGUUCCCGCACGAGGCGUACCUGAUGCAACAGUACGCCACUGUCGAGUCGCAGAGCAGGCAGCGGCGUAGGGAGAAACAGGCGGCGGCUGCUGCCGCCGCGGCAGUGGUGGCGGCACAGCAGGAGAAGCAGGCGAAAAUUAACAAGAAAUUGACCCAAAGCAUGAACGGCUUAGAUGAUCCUAAUUUGGGUUCAGAUGAGUCACCGUUCAACACGGGGAUAUACAGGAAGAAAGGGCAUUUGAAUGAAAGGGCCUUCUCUUACUCAAUAAGACAAGAACACAGAAGUAGAAGUUACGGCAGUUUGGCUAAUUUGAAGUUUGCUAGUCCCAUACCUAAUGGCCAUGAUGUAGAAGAUAGAGAAGAUAUAAAAAAGGAAAGAGAAAUAAUGCAACUAGUGCAAGAUUUAGACCUUUCUGAAGACGAGUUGGAACGUUCGGAGGUUCCAAGGGGAAUGUAUGAUGCUAGAGCAGCACCGCCACCGGGCCCAGUUGUUAUUCAAGCAACUCAUAUGAACGGUCACGGUCGAGGGCAUAGACGAUAAGGAUUCAUGUAACGUGCAACUUGCAUCUCCAUAUUAUUAUUGUUAUUUUUCAUAAACUGAGUAUAUUGACUGUGACUUAGUUAAUUCAUACACUCUUAGUUUCAUUGCAGUAACAGCAUCAGUACGUACUAAUAUUAACACAAACGAAGUAUUGGUAACUGAAAAUAGAAAGUGCAACAUGUCACAAAUUGUGGAAUCAAUCACAAGAACUUGCAUAGUAGGUCUAGCAUCAAACACAUCCAACAAAUACUAGAACCUCAGAAAAUCAGAGUUUUAGAUGCCUUUUGAGUGAAUUACUAUGCAGGUUCUUUUUGUGAAAUAUGGUGAACUCACGACAUAUUACGCAAACUUACGAGCUAUAAUACGUGGAUGGAAUCCCGCUUACGCAAAGCAAUACGUUUUUAUGGAAAUGCUUCUGUCAGUUCAUCAAUUUAGAUUUUGGUACGUGAAUUUGGGUCAUAAUUUGUCAGUUCACGUAGGGUGAAAUGUGUUUCCGCCUCUAUUUGACUACUUAAUACAAGUAACUUCGGUACUCGGUUUUGUUGCAUAUGUAACAUCAAACAAUCAUACCAUAUGAUAUUUUUUGAUUCAUAAAUUAGCUCUAAAUAUACCUACAGAUAUUAUUCAAGUAUAUUUGUUUUUGUUAAACAGUGUAAACAUGAGACUUUUGUGUAUAACCGUAACCAAAUUGAAUAUUUGCAAUAAUAUCAUCGACGCAUUGAGGUUAGACAUAUAUUAUUAACGUGACAUUGUCGCGUCACUCAUCACAAUUUGUAAAUAUAUUAUGCUUCUAUUUAAAUAGAUUAUAGAAUUAUACAACAGUUAGAAAUAUCUUUAUAUCAGAAAUUUGCUCAUUUGGUUCAAUUCGGUAGUGGUGUAAUCUUAUAUAUCGUAACAGUUCUGUGAACAUUUUAAAAUCUUAAGUGCCAUUAUUUGUAAAAAUAUGCAAUUGUGCAACGCGUUGGCUUCGCAAAACAACGAAGAUGUAAUAGAAAUUUGCGAUAUUUUUUAAAGAUGUGUAUCAAUAUUAUGUAUUGCAAAUGUAAUAUAUCAACGUAUUUUUGUACAUAAAUAAAUAUUUGAAAACAUU